CCAACCCAAUUUGGAAGUUGGAAGGAAACAACUCACCUCCGCCCACCCCCCUCUCUCUCUCUCUCUCUUAAACUUUUCACUUUCUCUCUCUAAAACCAUUUAAUAUAAUUCUUCUCUCCCUCUCUGAAUUUCGGUUCUUACUUUUUAAGUUUUUACAAGCUCCUGUUUUCUAGGGUUUUUGUUCUUCUUUGAUCCAACUGAUUGCUAAUACUCAUUUCUAAUAAUCUACAAUCUAAUCAGAUUCAGCUCAUGUAGUGAAUUUUUCAGUUAACUAGGUGCUAUUAAUUUUUUUUUCCUAAGGCGUCAGGUAAAUUAAUGGCUCAAUUCCGGCGAACUCUGUCGCCGGCGUAUCAUGAUCGGCAGUACCCGAACGGCGCCGGCGGUGUCUUAUCUGUUUCAUCUCCGUCUCACAAGUUCUCUUCCACAAACGCCAAGUACACAUCUCCGUUUCCGGCGCUGGCGACGAGUGCGGCGGCGCUCCGGAAGUUUCUCGCCGGAGUCUUUGUCCGGAGGUACGGCCGGAAAGGACAGUGGAGGAAGGCUCUGUACCGUUGCCUGCUAUGCUUCUUCGUCGGUUUCAUGCUCGGAAUGUUUCCAUUCGGCCACCACGUCGUCGUCGACGACGUUCGCCCUAGCGACAUGUCGUUCGAGAUCAAGCCACCUCACGCCAACGCGCAGUUGCUUCAGGAGAAUCACGUUCUCAAGAACCGCGUCGGCGGAAAAGAAGGAACCGAAGUAGUUGAAGCCGCGGUCGGUGGCGGCAGCGAUAGCGGCAGAGAGAGCGGUUUCAUCAUCGAUCCGGUGAGCCUGAGCGUAGCGAACCAUCACUCGAUAGCGGAGCGCUUCGAUUUCGUGCCGCGGAAGCAGCUGAUUGUGGUAACACCGACCUAUAACCGUGCUUUACAGGCGUAUUUCUUGAAUAGGCUGGGGCAGUUACUGCGGCUGGUGCCUCCGCCAGUGCUGUGGGUUGUGGUGGAGAUGAAUGCGGCGUCAAUGGAGACGGCGGAGUUGCUGAGGAAAACGGGAGUGAUGUAUAGGCACUUGGUUUGCGCUAAGAACUCGACUGAUGUGAAGGACAGAGGAGUUCAUCAGAGGAACACGGCGUUGGAGCACAUUGAGCGCCAUAAGCUUGAUGGAAUCGUUUACUUUGCGGAUGAUGAUAAUGUGUAUUCGCUUGAGUUGUUCGAUACCUUGAGAGACAUCAGUCGCUUUGGCACUUGGCCUGUUGCUAUGCUAGCACCCAGCAAGAACAAGGCUAUUUUGGAGGGCCCUGUAUGCAAUGCAAGCCAAGUGAUUGGAUGGCAUACAAACGAGAAAAGUAAAAGACUUCGUAGGUUUCAUGUUGAUAUGUCUGGAUUUGCUUUUAAUAGCACAAUCCUGUGGGAUCCAAAGCGAUGGCGACGCCCUACUACAAAUCCUAUUCGACAAUUGGAUACAGUGAAAGAGGGUUUUCAAGAGACGACCUUUAUAGAGCAAUUGGUGGAAGAUGAGAAUCAAAUGGAAGGUUCUCCUGUUGGUUGUUCCAAAGUAUUGAAUUGGCAUCUCCAUUUGGAUUCUCAUAACGUAGUUUAUCCAAAGGGUUGGCUGCUUCAGAAAAACCUAGAUGCUGUGGUCCCUGUCAACUAAUCCUUCUCUGAAUCUAUUGUGAAUGUGUGAUAGUUUGCCCAUAUUUGGUAUUGGUUCGUCACUGAAUAGAUGGGUGCAUCAGUUAGCCAUCUUUGGCACUGAUGCAUUAUGUUGCACGCCAAGACAGGAACUGGUUACUAGUCUUUUCAUGAGUUCCCUUGCACAAAAUUAUAUGCAGAGGCAAAAUUUUUGUAGAAUAUGUUGCCUUGUUUGUUUGAAGGAGACAAAGAUCGUCUGCCAAGAAAAAAAAACAAAAGAGAGGAAGAAGGAAAGUGGGGAAAACAGGACAAGGAUUUUAUUCAAAUUACAUGAUGUUCAAGGUUAUACACAGCUAUGUAUUAGGUAUAUAUAGAUCAUAGAUUUUUCUUGGGGGCUAAUUCGAUGUGGACCAAAACUGUUUCUGAUUUAGGCCUUAUCAAAAUCUGCAGAGGGGUAACUUCUCAACUUUGUACUCUAUUCCUUUUCAUUCUUUCAAUUGAUGGUAUUCUUGCAAUACUUGAGUAGUUUGGAUGAAUUUUACUUAUUAAAUGACGUGCACGAUAAUAUGUAAAGCAGUUUGAACUUUGAAGGCGAAUAUUUCUACAUUGAACGGACUCUGAUGGUAGACAAUUAUUUACUUGUUACAAGGACAACAAUUAGGGUACUACGGCAAAGUAUGUAAUUGCUGUUCAAAUUUCUGUGGUAUUUAGUAUAACAUGGUUACUUGGUCGUCAAUUCUGACAACUGUAAAUGACCUGUUGUCCAGUCUUGGAUCAAUGAAUUUUGUAAGAUAUAUAUACUUUUAGUAUUUUAAAUUUGAUGUUUA